GAGAACUAGAGAAGAAAGAAAGAAAGAUGGGUGAUGUACUAGUGCUCGGAGCGGAGAGAAGAGCGGCACUGCAGAGCGGAGCAUUCGCUCUCCCUCCUCCACCGGACAGCCUGCUAGGGAGGCUGGAGCAGAUAGACCAUCGGUUAAGGCAGCUAGAAGAGAAGCAGCGGGUGCCAGUCCCACUGCCGGAAGCGCAGUCCAACAACUACUUCAUCGCAGAGCUGGUGCAGGAAAGGCCUGCCGCUGGCGGUGAGGGCGCAGAACGUCGACACCAGCACCACCAGCACCAGCACCACCAGCACCACCACCACCACAGCAAGUCCAUGCCGUCGGCCUUUCCUCAUCAUCAGCUGCAUCUCAAGGGGACCCUCACUGACCGACUCCACUUGCUCGAGUCCCGAAUCCGCCAGUUGAGUUUCGAAUUGGAUAAAGGUGGGAGCAUGAGUACUGCAGCUGCAGGGAGCACGUCCAGAGAGCAUGCUAAUUCGUGCGUGCUUCCGGCAGUAUUCGUACAAGCAGAACAGCAGCAGCAGCACCAGCAGCAGCAGCAGCAGGAGCAGGAGCCUGUCUGCUCGGGCGGCGGCAGAGUCAUAGGAGGAGGAACCUGGAAGACUGGCCGCAUUUUCCAGAGAAGCGCUCGCGAGCUGCAUGCCCACAAGCCAAAAUCCAAGGCGAAGGAUCCGAAAGAAGCUAUGAGCGGCACAGCAGAGAAACGAGCAAGUGCCAUGUACCGAAGCGAGAAGAGGCGGUCGGAACGGACCAGGCUGUACAGGAGGUGGUUCCGCGUCGGAUGCUGAUGCUGAUCAAACUUCCCAUGCUUUCUUUUAUAUUUUGAUGUAUUCGUUUCUCAUCUUCACGGCGAGAUCAAGUUGUCCCAUUCUGGAAAGCCGAGCUCAUCCCAUAUUAAUUGUUAUUACAUUAUUCACUCUUUGUUGUAAGCUACCAAUUAAUUGCCUCUG